AUGGCAUUGGCUACUGCUGCUCUCGCGGCCGGCGGCGCCACUCUGGCCGCAUACCUCAAUGCCAAAUACCACAUCAAACAAGAUCUAUCAGCCAUAAUCAGAGCAAAGUCGAGCGAGCGUGAGGUCGCACGUGCAGUCGCCAAUGGCAAAGUAUCUGCGUGGUACUUCUUCGCCGAAGCUGUCAGAAAGUAUCCCAAUGUCAAGUGUAUCUGGUCGCGAGAGGUCGAAUACACCUUCCAGGAGGCCCACGACAUGGCCUGCCAAUACGGCCACUACUUCCUCUCCCUUGGCGUCAAGAGAGGAGAUCUAGUCGCGGUCUAUCUUCAAAACUGCGCCGAGCUACCUCUCAUAUGGUUUGGGUUAUGGGCCAUCGGCUGUUCUCCUGCAUUGAUCAAUUACAAUCUGGCCGGACCCGCAUUGAUACACUGCCUGAAGGUCAGCGGCGCGGAGUACCUGAUUGUUGACCCUAGCCCGGAUUGCUCAAGCAGGAUCGACGAGGAACGCUCGGCGGUCGAGGGCGAAUUGAAGAUGAAGCCGCUGCUUCUAGACGAGAGCCUAAAGGCGUAUGUUGCGACUUUCCCGUCUGCCGUUCCCGACGAGUCUCUGCGACUAGGUCUCGAGGGCGGGUCGCCCUCUUGUCUCUUCUAUACCAGCGGCACAACCGGGUUGCCAAAGGCGUCUGCCUUUACCAUGGCCCGGAUGUACGGGACCAUAUUAAUAAGUGGCUUGGACGAAAAGCAAGGUGAAGGUGGGGAUCGCUGGUAUAACUGCAUGCCGUUGUAUCAUGGAACCGGAGGAGUGAGACUGCAAGUCUGCCUGAGCCGCGGCGUUAGCGUUGCCAUCGGAAAGAAGUUCAGCACAAGGAACUUCUGGAAGGAUGUGAUCGACUCCGAGUCCACCCACUUUAUCUAUGUUGGCGAAACCGCCCGUUAUCUCCUUUCAGCGCCUCCAUCACCUCUAGAUCGUCAGCACAAGGUUCGUGGUAUGUACGGCAAUGGGUUGCGCCCGGACGUGUGGGAGAGAUUCCGCGAGCGCUUCGGUAUCCCCGCCAUUUACGAAUUCUUCAACAGCACGGAAGGUAUAUUUGGCCUGCUCAACACCAACUAUGGCCCUUACGGUGCCACUUGCGUCGGCCACCACGGAGCCAUCCUCCGCAAGUUCUUCAACAACACAUAUAUCCCCGUCGCCAUUGACCCCGUAACCGCAGACAUCCUCCGCGACCCCGUCACCGGCUUCGCCACCCGCAUGCCCUACGCAGAAGGCGGCGAGAUCCUCGUCGCCGUGCCCAACGAGGAGGUUUUCCAGGGCUACUGGCGCAAUCCUCAAGCCACGUCGAAGAAAUUCGUCCGCGACGUCUUCCAGAAAGGCGACCUCUACUACCGCACCGGUGACGCUCUCCGCCGCACCGACGAUGGCCACUGGCACUUCCUCGACCGUCUGGGAGAUACCUUCCGCUGGAAAUCGGAAAACGUGUCCACCGCCGAAGUCGCUGUGGUGCUAGGACAGUUUCCCGGUGUCCUGGAGGCCAAUGUGUAUGGUGUCUUGGUUCCUAAUUAUGAGGGGCGUGCGGGUUGUGCGGCGUUGCUGAUCGAUCCCGCGGAGCGUGGACGAUUUGACUGGACUGGGCUCGUGCGCCAUGCGCGAGAGAAGUUGCCGAGAUAUGCCGUUCCAGUGUUUAUUCGCAUCGUCGAGGCGUCGAAUCAUAUUCAUAAUAAUAAGCAAAACAAGGUUCCACUGAGAGAAGAGGGUGUUGACCCUGCGAAGAAAGGCACGAAGGUGAAGGAUGGCGAGGCGGAUCAGAUUCUGUGGAUGAAGCCGGAGGACGAUACGUAUCAGGAGUUUACAGUGCAGGAUUGGGAGAGAUUGAUGAGGAGCGAGGUGAGACUAUAA